AGUGCUGAAAGUGUAUUCGAUUGUGUUUGAUGUGUGUAUUGCUUCAAAACUGUUUCAUUUGACUGAAACCCAAAAAUUGUCAAACAAUUUAAAGUAUUAAGUAAUUUCUAGUAGCUUACUCUGAAAUUUUGAAGUUAAAUGUGUUCAGACUAAAUAUAUGCGUUUUGCUGAAAUUUUGUAAAAUCAUUUGAAUUUAGUUGAAAUCAUGGCGUGCGCAUGUGAAAUAAUAGGACUGGCCUGCAUCGUUGCACUUAUUUUAAGUGUCUCUGCAAAGGCCCCAUAUCAGGCUCGACUGUGUAUAAUAUUUUUUGGAGCAGGAGCGAUUGUAAUGAUGUGUAUACCCUUGAUGUUUCUAAGGCCUCGGGAUUAUCGGAAUGGGCUUUUACCAUCUUGGUGUUUCCGGCAACUGUGUAAGAUUAUGGGUAUCACAAUGGAAGUGCGUGGAGUGGAGAACGUUAAAAGGGAGCAUGGUAGUGUUGUCUUGAUGAAUCAUCAAAGUGCUCUCGACUUGUGCGUGCUUGCAUACUUGUGGCCUGUUAUUGGCAGAUCAACGGUGGUUGCAAAAAAGGAAAUUCUCUAUAUUCCAUUCUUUGGAGUCGGUGCAUGGCUUUGGGGAACCUUAUACAUCAACCGCUCUCGUAAGACAGAUUCUAUAAAUUCCUUACAAAAGGAAGCUGUAGCGAUAAAAGAACAAAACUGUAAGAUUUUGGUGUUCCCCGAAGGAACAAGGAAUUCAAAGGAUACACUUCUGCCUUUCAAAAAGGGUUCUUUCCAUAUUGCGCUUCAAAGCAAGUGCACAAUUCAACCUGUUGUGAUAUCUAAAUACUCAUUCUUUAACCAAGAAAAGAGAACCUUCCGUCCAGGUCACGUUUUAAUACAAAUCAUGCCUGAGAUAUCAACUGAAAGUUAUGGGAAAGACAAUAUGGAUAAUUUAAUCGAACAUAGUCGCUCUACCAUGCAGUUAGAAUAUACAAGACUAAGCGUUGAAGCUCGUUCUUUGGCAUUAGCUUCGGCUUUAAAGAAAAACACAUAAAACAGAAUAAAUAUUUGCAUUUUACACUCAGGUUAAAACAAUUGUAUAUAUAAAAA